CAACUCACGACUCGACGGGAAGAUUGAACAGCUCGUUCGAAACGGGCAUGAUACGAAAUUGUCAUUCGAGGGUUUGACGGAACAGAUCAGGUCUCUGCGCGAGACGUCAACUCUCUUAUCGGACAACGAUCCUCUUCGGAACCAAAUUUCGGAAACUCUAGGGAGGUUGGAGCAGACUGCCUCCCUCAUCCGGUCCAGUUCCAUUCUUCAAAAUUUGCGGUUCCAAGAAAUGAAGGAGAGGUACAAUUCGUUGAAUGAGGCACAUAGAGGAACCCUCAGCUGGCUCUUGGGCACAGGUUCUACUGACAUCGGUUCAGACCCUGGGAGUAGCUCAAUUUGUCAGCCGGGGCAACAAGAGCCCCUGUUACACGAAAGAAAGAGGUUUAUCGAUUGGUUAGAGACUGGGACUAGAAUCUCUCAUAUCUCCAGAAAGCUAGGCUCUGGCAAGUCCACUCUGAUGAAAUUCAUCUGUGAGCACCCAGAGACCCAAACUCAUCUGAGGGCUUGGUGCGAAGGGAACCCCGCAGGGGAUCCCGCAGGCAAUCCCGCAGGGAAGAAACUUAUACGCGGAACAUUUUUCUUUUGGAAAGAAGGAAGCCGUACGUCGUCUUGGUUUCAUUCGGGCGAUUCUUUACUCGAUCCUCACUCAGUCACCCGAGCUAGAACUCUUGCUUUUUAAACCCGCUCGUGACGAAGAUCUUUUUGACUUCGACUAUGCCUUCAGACGACUAAUGGAACGCGACGACAUAUACGACAAUCACAGAAUCGCCAUUAUUAUCGAUGCGCUAGAUGAGUGUGACGGCGGC